AUGAGAGUGAACGAGAGCGAGCUGAACAGCUCCGUCCUCCCGCGGGACCCGCCGGCCGAGGGCGCCCCGCGCCGCCAGCCCUGGGUGACCUCCACUUUGGCCGCCAUCCUCAUCUUCACCAUCGCGGUGGACCUGCUGGGGAACCUCUUGGUCAUCCUCUCCGUCUACCGCAACAAGAAGCUGCGAAACGCGGGAAAUGUGUUUGUUGUAAGCCUGGCAGUUGCCGACUUGAUAGUAGCUAUCUACCCUUAUCCACUGGUCCUCACAUCUGUGUUUCACAACGGAUGGAAACUGGGAUACCUACACUGCCAGAUUAGUGGCUUCUUGAUGGGCCUAAGUGUCAUUGGAUCAAUCUUCAAUAUUACAGGCAUCGCUAUCAAUCGGUACUGCUAUAUCUGCCACAGCCUCAAAUAUGACAAGCUGUACAGCGACAGGAAUUCAUUGUGCUAUAUUGUUCUCAUAUGGCUCCUAACAUUUGUUGCUAUCGUGCCCAACCUGUUUGUGGGAUCGCUCCAGUAUGACCCCAGGAUUUACUCCUGUACAUUUGCACAGUCUGUGAGCUCAGCAUACACUAUAGCAGUUGUGUUUUUCCACUUCCUGCUUCCCAUAGCCGUAGUUACUUUCUGUUACUUGCGAAUAUGGAUCCUCGUUAUCCAGGUAAGGCGAAGGGUUAAACCGGAUAACAACCCUAGGCUGAAACCACAUGACUUCAGAAACUUUGUAACCAUGUUUGUGGUAUUUGUACUGUUUGCAGUCUGCUGGGCUCCUUUGAACUUUAUAGGCAUUGCAGUGGCUGUCAAUCCAAAAACUGUAAUCCCUAGGAUUCCAGAGUGGUUGUUUGUGUCUAGUUAUUACAUGGCAUAUUUCAACAGCUGCCUUAAUGCUAUAGUAUAUGGACUCCUGAACCAGAACUUCAGAAGAGAAUACAAGAGAAUUAUUGUCAAUUUUUGUACAGCAAAAGUUUUUUUCCAGGAUAGUUCUAAUGAUGCAGGAGACAGAAUGAGAAGCAAACCUUCUCCACUGAUUACAAACAACAACCAAGUGAAGGUGGACUCUGUCUGAAAAUGGGA